GAUAUGCUGACAAUAGAGUCUAUUAUUGCAACAAUAGAAGAAAAAAACUUGUCAAAAUCAGAAGACUCUUCAAUAGUCAAAUCUAUUUCUUAUAAAUUAGCUCUUGAGCAUAUUAAUUCUUUGCUUUUAUAUAUUACUCAAGAUAGUGAUA